UAGUCUCGGUGACGAUUGUUGCGUGUGAUAGUGGGAGUGAGUGUGGAAUUCAAGUGUAUAUUCUACAGGGCAGAGGAGUAAACUCACAAACAUCUCUAUUCACAGGUACAGGUGUGCUGGGCUGAUGGAGCUGAACGUAACAGAGGCCAUGCAGAUGACUCCUCCAGGGAUGAUCCUCAUGACGGGUCUCCUGCGUGAGCCGGAGAGCACGAGGCCUCUCGUAUUCACAUUUGUAUUUGUGAUCUAUGCCCUUUCCAUUAUUGGAAACACAUUGCUGGUUCUGGCCAUCUUUCGAGAGGAAGAGCUACACAAGCCCAUGUACAUCUUCAUGUGCGGACUUUCCACGAAUGCAAUUGUCGUGAGCACCACCGCACUUCCAAGAAUUAUGUAUGAUCUUGUGUUCACCAAUAUCAUUUCCUUUCCUGCUUGUGUCAUACAAAUGACCUUCAUCCACUUGACAAGUGUUUUCGAAUGCUUUAUAUUGGCUGCAAUGGCAGCGGAUCGAUACGUGGCUAUAUGUAAACCUCUCCACUACAAUUCUAUCUUCACCUCCGUAUUCGCCAUUAAAAUAUGCUUCGUAUUCGUUGUGACUUCAUCCAUAAUGUUAUCUGGAGAAAUUGUAUUGGCAAGCCUUAUUAAGCUAUGCAACAAGCCAAGAAUUGUAUGGAUGCCAAAUUGUGAUUUUAUGUCAUUGACAAAGAUGAGCUGUGCAGAUGUAACCAUCAACAUUGUAUAUGGCUACGUUCUCACGGCUAUAUCAGCUGUAGCCUCAUUGGUGAUCAUUGUGUUUUCCUACAUCUGCAUUCUGUAUGACUGCCAGAAGUCCACCCAGCGCAGAAGUCAACAUAAAGCGAUCAGCACGUGCGUUACUCACUUCUUUGUUCUUAUCAUGUUUUAUGUGUUUGUCGUCUUCAUGGUCAUGCAUCAUCGGAUUGAACAUUCUACACUAAUUCCCAUUGCAGUCCGCUCCACGCUCAGCUCAUUCAAAUGA